AUGAGAGCUCCUCAGGUUGCCUUCAUGUCGACAUAUCCUGACGGCGCCAAAGACUUGGACGUGGCUGACCAGCACCAGAAGCUCGCAGAUAUACGAGCCCAUCUAUCGAUGACCCCUUUGGAUGACGCACCCGAAACAGGCAAAAAACCUCCCGUGAGUGGUGGGACCGACUCCGGCUAUGUCUCCCUCACCUCAUCGCACGAGGCCCAGCUCGUUGGCCUCGACCGACUCGAUGCCAACCUGAAGUACUUCAACAAACCCAUCCCCGCUCGGCUGAACGAGCGAUUCUUUGACUUCAAAGUCCUGUAUACGCAGCCUCUGAUUGACGAGGUUUCGAGGAAGUGGUCGAAACCUGGAGACAUCUCCAUGAAACUGAAAUACCUGGGCAGCAGCACGGAGACGGCGCAGCUCCACAUUGUCCUUCAAUGUCGCAAGGAGGUUUCCAAAACGGUCAAAAAGUUCUUCGCUCAGCAGCACGUCGUCGACGAUUUGGAGCCCGACUUUCGUGUCUUUGUUCUUGGGAAGGAACUUUUACGCCUCGCAGCCGGGGAUGUCCAUGUUCUCACAGACUCGUGGCACGAACAGACAUUCUGUGGCAUGCCAAUCAACAUGACUCGAUAUGCUGCUUCGGUCGCUGCCACGUUUGGCGGGCUGAUCAUGGUCGAAACGUUGGACACAUCGGAGAAGCGUCUUUACGGACUGACAGCUGGGCAUCCUCUUGGAAGGCUCAACAACGACUCGCCGUCAAGCAUACCUGAGGCUCACCAGGAGUCAGAUUCAGACUCGGAUGUUCCUGACGACGACUGCGAACUCCGACCUUUCGACUCGAUCAAUAUUGAACAGAAUCCCUGGCUCGAAGCGGAUUUCGAAGGACAGAGUGGCGAAUUAAUCCGUGACACCAACAUCAUCGGAACCAUCGUUGAGGACAAGCUCAGUACUCAGGAGAACUAUGAUUGGGCCAUCAUUGACCUGGCGUCUCAAAACGUGCCGCCCAACGCUCUCGUGCUAGACGGCGGCCUGCUUCUGUCAGCCAAUAGUCCCAGACGCCAACAAGGAAUCGAAGCAGCCAUCACUCUGUUCACCUCGAGCAGACAGCCUGAAUUUUCGUCUAAGCCCGUGGUAGUUUUGAGUCGCCACGGUCCGCAGACGGGAGUGUUGACUUGGAGUAGUUCCUGCUUAAUGAUAGCCCCUGGUUCCAAAUUCGUCAGCACUUACGAUCUCAUCAUGGAGUCUGUUUCAAGGCUGAGUCCAGGAGACUCGGGAUCCUGGGUAGUGAGCGAGAGCACCGGCGAGGUGUAUGGCCACGUGGUGUCGAUGGAUGCCUUUGGGGAGGCCCAGGUCAUGCCGAUCCAGGCGACGCUGGAGAGCAUCAGAACGCAACUCGACGCGUCCCGAGUUUUCCUCCCUACUUUGAAAGACAUACAGUCUGCUACUCUUGGUUGGCCGCGUCCCCCCGCUCCCCAGCCGGCCGAGACAUCGUGUUCUGGUGAGAAUGGCGAACCAGGAAUCUUGACGUCAACCAUAUUCAAGGAACAGGGUGGAUCAAGCCUGCCAGAAGCGCAGGCAGGGUCAAUCUCUUGUGGGUCGUCGACGCAACUCAAUGUGGCCGACAUCGCCGAGCUGUUACAGCAAGUAGCACGAAGUCGCAAGUCUGGUUCCAUGCUUCUUUUGUCCGGGCAUGAAGCAAGCGGGUCGUUUGCCGCACCGUUUACCCCUAAGCCAUACUACGCUCCUUCGCUCAUACUAUCAGAGCCACGGAAUCCGACCCAACGCCAUAAAUCGGAGCAAGACGCGGCGUCUGUGGCGAGCAGUACGUCUUUGAGCGACAUCUUCGACACUUCUGACGGCAUCUUCAACACUUCUGGCGUCCCAGUGACGGAUCCGUCAUCAGCGUCGGAGCCGGCGCUCCACCAACCGGUUGAUGCUUCACCCUCGUUGCUGCCCUGCGAGUUCAGCAACUCGACGGGCUGCGGAGCGCGGUUCGCUCUCAACCAGAUCGAUCUGUGGAUCGAGCACGGUCAAUACGGACACUUACAGGGGCAUCUUCCUUCCUGCUUCAGCUGCUGGUUUUGCGAUGACGUGCAAUUCCGAGCGGCGAGACCUGCAGACAAGCACUUGGCUUACCGGGACCGGAUGCUGCACAUCGCAAACCACUUUCUUCAAGGCAUGACUACCGACCUUGUCCAUUGGGAUUUUCAUCUUCUCCAUCAUGCCCACAAGCAUGGCCUCAUUUCGCAAACGGCCUUCCGAACAUGGUCAUCGCAGAACCAGCCGCCCAUGCCGAGGGGCAUGACCGACGCCGUGACCUCUGUCAACCCGCACGCCGUCAAAACUCGAAGCACGGUUAUUGUCCCCACACGUCUGGAGGGGUGA